AUUCCCUCGCGGGCCGCGCUGCCCCUCUCUCCCGCCCCUCCUCCUCCCUUUCCCACCCCUCGGAGUGGAGCUGCACAUGCGGCUGCUCCCUGUUCUGUCCCGCCCAGCCACCGUCGCUCUGGAACGGGUCCUUGCAGCCCCCAGCCGAUGGCAGGACAGUAGCCGCCUGUCAGGGGUCGUGAACGGCUGAGGCAGAGGCAGAGGCUCCCGGGCCUCAGAGAGUGGCUGUCUCGGGAGGCCAUGGGCUACCCUGAGGUAGAGCGUAGGGAACCCCUGCCUGCGGCAGCGCCACGGGAGCGGGGCAGCCAGGGCUGCGGCUGUCGCGGGGCCCCUGCUCGGGCGGGCGAAGGGAACAGCUGCCGGCUCUUCCUGGGUUUCUUUGGCCUCUCGCUGGCCCUCCACCUGCUGACGCUCUGCUGCUACCUAGAGUUGCGGUCCGAAUUGCGGCGGGAGCGGGGAGCCGAGUCCCGCCUUGGCGGCCCGGGCGCUCCUGGCACCUCUGGCACCCUAAGUCGCCCCGGUAACCUCGACCCCGUGGGUCCCAUCACCCGCCACCUCGAGCAGCCCUCCCUUCAGCAGCAGCCCUUGGAACCGGGAGAAGCUCCACUCUCCCCUGAGUCCCAGGACCGGCACCAGAUGGCCCUCCUGAAUUUCUUCUUCCCUGAUGAAAAAUCAUAUUCUGAAGAGGAAAGUAGGCGUGUUCGCCGCAAUAAAAGAAGCAAAAGCAGUGAAGGAGCAGAUGGUCCUGUUAAAAACAAGAAAAAGGGAAAGAAAGCAGGGCCACCCGGGCCCAAUGGUCCCCCAGGACCUCCAGGACCUCCAGGACCCCAGGGACCUCCAGGGAUUCCAGGGAUUCCUGGGAUUCCAGGAACAACUGUUAUGGGACCACCUGGUCCUCCUGGUCCUCCUGGUCCUCAAGGGCCCCCUGGCCUCCAGGGGCCUUCUGGUGCUGCUGAUAAAGCUGGAACUCGGGAAAACCAGCCAGCUGUGGUGCAUCUGCAGGGCCAGGGGUCAGCAAUUCAAGUCAAGAAUGAUCUUUCAGGUGGAGUUCUCAAUGACUGGUCUCGCAUCACUAUGAACCCCAAAGUGUUUAAACUACAUCCCCGCAGCGGGGAGCUGGAGGUACUGGUGGACGGCACCUACUUCAUCUAUAGUCAGGUAGAAGUGUACUACAUCAACUUCACUGACUUUGCCAGCUACGAGGUGGUGGUGGAUGAGAAGCCCUUCCUGCAGUGCACCCGCAGCAUUGAAACAGGAAAGACCAACUACAACACUUGCUAUACCGCAGGAGUCUGCCUCCUCAAGGCGCGGCAGAAAAUUGCUGUGAAGAUGGUGCAUGCCGACAUCUCUAUCAACAUGAGCAAGCACACCACCUUCUUUGGGGCCAUCAGGCUGGGCGAAGCCCCUGCAUCCUAGAUUCUCCCAUUCCACCCCAGCCCAUGCCCCUGCCCCAGGUUUGGGAGCCAGGACUCCCAGAACCUCUUAAGUGCUGCUGUGGAGUGAGGUAUAUUGGCAUUGCAGCCACCGAGAGAAAUGCCCCAGUGCUAUUUAUUCCCCAGUGACUCCAGGAUAACAAGGCCUACUUGACUUCCCAGAAUGACCUUGAGUUACCAGGACAGUUGAUGGAGCCCCAGGGUUUGCAGAAAGCAGAACUUUCUUGGGCUCCAUCUUGACUGGCUUCUGGCAUGACCCUAGGUCCCGCAUCAGAUUUAUCAUUUGUUGCACUAAACUGAGGAUCCAGGGCAGCAGGCCAGAGAAAGCAAAGGUGCACUCCAGACUCUAGGAGUAACCAUCAGACUCCAAGGGGACUGGUACUCUUUUGCCUGGGGGUAGGGAUGGGGUGCCAUUAGGUUGCAGCCUACAGAAAGGGCCAGGGUGUGUGAAAAGGCAGGUGCUUGUGGCAGAGAGCUGAGAAGAAACCUGCCAAGCAAGCGUCCUUGGCAGUGGAGGCAUUCUUGCUGCUUUGCACUAUGACCUGCAAGAGGCUCCUAGAGCUCUUCCCACUCAGGCCGACAGGUACACUGUGGCCACUUGAUGAGCUCCAGGGCAGGGAACUUUGCUCUGCCUUGGAAUCAUUGCAGAAAUGGCCACAACCCUGCCUAUGUAAGAACCCAAAUCCAUACUUGGGGCCAUGCAUGUCUCACUUUGUUUACAGAUAUGCUCAUGCUCAGAAAACUACCUGGGAUCCUCUUCCAAGUGCCACUCUCCCCAGCCUGACUAGAAUUCUUGUCUUCUUUCUCCACAGUGCCUACCUCUGUCUGAGACACGUGCCUCAAGUGGGACCUGUGCUUACAUGAGGCUGCUAUAUAUUUAGCUUACCUAUGCACAAAGAAUUUUCCAUUGAUUAGGCAAUAGAUGUAUUCUUCAUCUAAUUCUAUUCAAAUUGUGUCUAGAAACAGAUGGUUAGACUGGAGAGCCUCCAAAAGUCCCUUAGAAUUUGAAUAUUGGUAGCUUUUGAAGUUGCCUGCCACAAUAGCCUCCUAAAUUCCCAAGUCCUAGAAUCCCUUGGGCAUCAGCAAAGCAGGGCCUUUCUACCUGGCCCAGAAAAGACAGAGUAGGGAUACGACAGGGAGUUUUGUCCAUGUUUAUUACAACCCAAGUGAUCACUGGGUCAGGCCUUAUCUGAAAGGGCAGCAGCUGAUGGCCUACUGACCCAGUCUUUCUUCAGAAACAGAUCAUUGUCAGCACAGAGGUUUGUACUGCUCUCUUGAAAUCAGGCUCAGGAGAAGCUAUCAUCUGGAUAUCUGAUCCCUAGUUCUGAUGCAAAGGGAUCUCCCCCAAGCUUCCUGCACAGUCACUUGCUAGGAUUAUUCACUCGCCUCCUUUCUAAUUGUCCAGGUCCAUCCUGGCUGUAGAGUGCUAGACUCUGCCCCAGACUGGGAGCAUCAGCCUUGUACAGUCUGCUCCUCUCGCUCCUGAAAUGUAUUUCCUUUUGAGGAAAUUUCAUUCCUGAAACUCACCAACAGUUACUGAUUUCUCAACUGUGCCUUCCAUUUCUAAAUAGCCACACUGCUUGGCCAUUCAAAAGGUCAGAGCAAGAGGUAGAGGUCAUGCCUCCAUUGUCUGCUAAUGACAGCUUUACAACCCAAAGUGAGGCAAACUUCAGGCCUGUAUCUGGCCCCCAAGGGCCAGUGGUAACAGGAAUGGUAUCAAGCCCUAGUAUUUGAAAAUUGCUUCUCCUUUAUUAUUUCCUUUAAAGGAGGCAAGACAGAGAAGAUCUCAGGUUCCAUUGUUAAUUAAGGUUGGGACAGAUGAAGCGCUUUGAGUAAGAUCUCACCUAGUUUAACUCACAGACUUGGGGCUUUGGACUGGUCUGACUCCCAAGCUGGUCCCUCACCAUGCAUUGUGUGGAAGGUGGAGACUAAAAAGAACCAAUAAAAGUGAACAUGUGGAACUGACAUCCUUGAAGGUCCUAGGGAGAAACCCAGCCAUGCCAAUUUGCAUUACUUGAUGGUACUGCCUGUUUUUUCUUUUGGCUAUCAGGCUCCAUGGCAAGAGUCAGGUGUUUUCUUGGGAAAUAGUCAUCAACCUUAAGCAUUCUUAUGUUGAAAAGAAUCUGCCAAUCAUUAGAGAUCUGGGACCCACAUAACUGGUAGACUUUAUUAUUUUUCACCCAUCUGAUCAAAGAAGCAUCUAUCACAUGGGGACCCGCCACUGUGGGACAAGGUCUUCUGUCCCUUACCCGAGACACAGAUUCUGGGAGCCAAUCUGCUUCCUGUAGUUAACUGUGACUCCUUCUGUCUUUCUGCCAUAUCACAGAGACCUUGAUGCUGCCAGAGUCCCUUGAGAAUGGAGGGAGAACCUGAGAGGACCAUUCUAAAACCAGAUGGCUAUGGGGAAAAUAGAGAAAGCUUCCUAAUUGUGGCCCUGAAGGACAUGCCAACCUCACCACACUCUCCAUGCAUGGGAAUCAUAGAGGAAUUGGGUUUCUCACUAUCCUUUGUUCAUUCUGAACCCUCAAAAGGAGCCCUAGAAGGAGAGGGCUGGGGAAGGAAGGGGACCCUGUUGUGGGUAGUCAUGUAGGCAAGGCACUGAAACAUUUACUGAUAGGAGAAUAGGGACUUCGAUUUACAGUUUGGAAUUAUUAUGAUGUGAAGUUACGGGGAGGGUGGAAGAAUAGCAUGGAGGAUGGGACGAGGGCAUUUUUAGGCAAGCAGGUGACAAAUUUGAAGAACUGCAUGGCAGGAGCCUCUACCAGCUGCUUGGGCUUCAGCAGCCAAACUGGCACAAAAGGCUGGAGGUUGUUUGACUACUGGUUCCCUGGAAGAUGUAGUAUUUGCCUUAGUUGCCCCUUUAACCAUCCUGAGCCAAAUCUCUCUUGUGUAGCAAGAAAAGGCUAAGGA